AUGAUUGGACGCGGCGGUGGAGUCACACGUCUAAAACAACAUCUUGCUGGUGGAUAUCCGGAUGUUUCUAAUUGUCCAAAAGUUUCUGAAGAAGUUCGUCGUACAAUGAAAGACGAACUUGAUGGCAAAAAAGCAUUAAAAUAUAAACAACAACAACAAUGUGAACUCGUUGAUAGCCGAAGCUCUAAAGAACCAAUCUAUGAUGAAUUUGAAGAUCAUGGUGAAGUUCCAAAUGAUGAAGACUUUUUAGCAGCUCUCAGCACCUCUCGAACUCAAUAUGACUAUGAGCAAAAUAUGCGAUAUAGAAGUGGCUCUGGUGCCAGUGGAAGUGGCUCAACUACUGCAUCAAUAUUAGGAAGGAGUGCAAGCGUUCGUCUUUCUUCAACACAAGGCGGUAUUGGUCGUUUUUUUCCUUCUAUGGGACGAAGACGUGCAGUCGAUAUUGCUGAUAUUGAUCCACUGGAAUUCCCAGACCAAGCUAGCAAACAGACUAGGAUUGAUGAUGCAUAUUCAAAAGAGAAGAAAUCAAUCGGUAAAAGUAUUGCUAAUUUUUUUUAUUUUAAUCAUAUUCCCCCUAAUGCAGCAAACAACACAUACUACCGUAGCAUGGUGUCCAACAUCCAAAAAUUUGGUCCUUGUAUUCAACCUCCGACUGCAUAUGAAAUUGCCGGUCUAUAUUUAGAUGAACAAGUGGAGGAGAUCAAGACUUGGAUCCUAUCAUGCAAGAAGCAAUGGAGCUUAUAUAGGGUUACAUUGAUGUGUGAUGGCUGGACAGGACCUACACGGAUGAGCAUUAUCAACUUUCUACUAUACUGCAAUAGAAAGGUGAUAUUUCAUAAAUCCAUUGAUGCAACUACAAACUAUCAUGAUGCACUCUACAUAUAUCGUUUGAUGGAUAGUAUAAUUCAAGAGAUAGGUGCAGAACAUAUAGUGCAGGUGAUUACAGAUAAUGGUGCCAACUUUAAGAGGGCUGGAGAGUUAUUGGAGUAA